GCUCUUUGCGUCACUUUAUUCCUUAUCUUUCCUUACCUUUGCCGCCCACCCUCUCUGCAAAUUAGGGUUUCCUCUUUAAAAACACUCUCUCCCUGUCAUUAACAAACCCUAAUCUAUAGGAAUUUAGUCCUUCUUUGGGUGCACAGUCUUUUCUCAUUGGGACAAACCUAUCAAAGGGGUCAGAAAAAAGAGAAGAUAUGGCUUCUUCUUCAAGCUAUUCAAGUUCUCCAUGUGCAGCCUGCAAGUUCUUGAGGCGAAAAUGCAUGCCGGACUGUGUUUUUGCACCAUAUUUCCCACCAGAGGAGCCUCAGAAAUUCGUCAAUGUCCACAAGGUGUUUGGUGCAAGCAAUGUUAGCAAAUUGCUCAAUGAAGUUCCAGCUUAUCAAAGGGAAGAUGCUGUGAACUCCCUUGCUUUUGAAGCUGAAGCAAGGCUGAAAGAUCCUGUUUAUGGCUGCGUUGGAGCUAUUUCAGUGCUGCAGAGACAGGUUAUUAGACUCCAAAGGGAAUUGGAUGCUACUCAUGCUAACUUAAUCCGAUAUGUCUACAACGAAAUGCCACGGCCGCCGUUUCCACCGCCACUGCCUGCUGAUCAGAGCUCUGGGUUUUAUUAUCCCUAUCGGUGGACUGACCCUAAUGAAGACAACGAGAGAUCAGGCGGUGGGAAUAUGUAAGCUGGUUGGCUU